GUGACAUGAAUUUUUUGGGGAGGUGAGAGGAAAGCAUCCCCAGCUCAUGGGCAUAUAUUCCUUGUAGAACCCCACUUAAAAUGUUUCCAGAUAUGGAGUGAGAACAUAGGACAAGUCCAACAAACUUCUCAAUUUUUAUAUAAAAAGAAUUCACUUCUUCUGCUUAUUUUGAAGCAUCAGAGCUUCAAGGGUCAGAGUUACCUUAUUCUGUAUUUAAACUACUUGUAUUAGUCUUACUAUUUAUAUGCUCCCUUGGCUAUUUUCCAACCUGUCAUUCCUCCAUAAAAAUAAACAUGGGUCAUCUUCAAAAUUUGGAAACUCAAGACAUGAACUUGGUCUUAUCUACUGAUGCAAAGCCUAGGCUUAGAUGGACACCGGAUCUUCACCAACGGUUUGUCGAAGCAGUCGAUCAGCUUGGUGGUGCUAACACAGGGGCAACGCCGAAGGGUCUGAUGAGGGUGAUGGGAAUACCAGGACUUACUUUGUAUCACCUGAAGAGUCAUUUACAGAAAUUCAGGCUUGGAAAGAAUCAUCAGCAUAUUCAGCAAUCAGAAACCUGCAGUGAAUCGAAACCAGAUGAUGCAGACUGUGAAGAAAGCCAGGCCAUGGACACGCUUAAUCUAUUCUGCGAGGAAAAGGAAAUAAAUGAUCCAUCUCAAGAACAGAUCAAUGAAAAUGUUCAGAUAUCCGAGGCUAUAAAAGUGCAGAUGGAGGUACAGAAGAAACUUCAUGAACAGAUUGAGGUACAGAGACACUUGCAGUUGCGAAUCGAAGCUCAAGGAAAAUAUUUACAGAAGGUGCUGAAGAAAGCGCAGGAAACACUGUCAAGCUAUAACUGCACAGCAGCAGGAGUCGAACAUGCAAAAGCCGAACUUUCGCAGCUAGUCUCCAUGGUUAGCACUUCAUCAUUCUCUGGUCUAACAGAGGUGACAGAUUUAUCACUAGAGCAAAAGCAUAUAAUGAGACAUACAGUAUGUUCUGCUGAAAGCUCCUUGACUUCAUCCGAGAGCUCGGAGCAGAAAGAAACAGGACUCGAAAACGAAGAGAUUACCGGUAAGGGUAGCCAAGAACAAUGUCUAUUUGUUCUCCCAUUACUCGAUCAAUUGAGAACGAAAGGGUCGGGGUCGAGGAAGAGGAGCAGAAGCAUAGUAUUUGAUAGCAACUGUGUAGAGCAAACAGACAGUAAGAAAUCAUUUAAGCAAGGUUAUGGAGAGGAAAUGGGACAUGGGCUAAAAAAGUUUGGACUUUUUGAGACAAUUGAUCUGAAUAGCCAAUGUGAGAAUGACUUAGAUUUAGGUCCAAGGCAAGCAAUAGACUUGAAUUCAAAGGAAUAGAAAUAUUCAAUGUGCAUCUUUAUUAGGUGCUUUUUAGUGGACCAUUAAGCUAGAUUAUUGGCCCCUAAUUUAAGUAUAAUGUAGUCAUUUUUAUGCGCCAAAAAUAGUGGGUUAUAGGAGAUAAUGUUUGUUUAUAAAAACUUAUCUGAUAUUGUUUGUAUAUUUUUGGACUUUCUGCCAACUUUUUAGAGUAUAUACUGAAAACAAUUUAUCUG